AAAAGGAGGAGGAAAAGAGCAAAGCGGGGGCAGGCUGCUCUCCUCCGAGGACAGCGCGCAGCACCAUGCAGCUGGCGCUGCUGGUGCUGGCAUUAAGCACGCUCUUCAUCGACGGCUUGAGACUAGGAGCGAGGAGGCAGAGGCUGCACCCCAGGCAAGCCCAGCUGCUGGAGAAGCUCAGCGAGUACGAGAUCGUGACUCCUACCCGGGUGAAUGAGUUCGGCGAGCCCUUCCCCGCCGAUGCACACUUCAGGAGGCGGCGGAGCGCCGGCGCUGCCCCCGACGCUUGGGCGACCGCCGCCUCCCCCGAAGCGCACUACAAGCUCUCCGCCUUCGGGCAGCAAUUCCUCUUCAACCUGACGGCCAGCUCGGCUUUCAUCGCCCCGCUCUUCACCGUCAGCCUCCUGGGAGAACCCGCCGCCGAGCAGCGGCGCCUCUACGCCGAGGCUGCCGACACCGACGUCAAGCACUGCUUCUACCGGGGCCACGUCAACGCCCGCCCGCGGCACACGGCCGUCAUCAGCCUCUGCUCCGGCAUGCUAGGCACAUUCAAGUCUGAUGAUGGGGACUAUUUUGUAGAGCCGCUGCUAUCACUCGAAGAACAGGAAUAUGAAGAAGAGCACAAUAAGCCACAUCUAGUCUACAGACACCGGACACCUCCAACCAACUCUUCAGGGGACAGGCAGACUUGUGAUACUCCAGAUCAUGAACACAGUCACAAAAAGAACAAGCGGAAACACUGGAGAAGACAGUGGGCAGAAAGUAGCAUAUUAUCCGACAUGGAGAUGUUAAAACAAAGCCUGGAAGUGAAUUCGUUUUCUGCAGAUAGCAACAAGACUGGAAAUGGCAGUGAGAAGAAGAGCCACAGAAGAACAAAGAGGUUUCUUUCCUACCCUCGGUUUGUGGAAGUGAUGGUGGUGGCUGACAGCAGGAUGGUGGCCUACCAUGGUGCUAAUCUGCAGCACUAUGUCUUAACUUUAAUGUCAAUAGUGGCUUCUAUCUACAAAGACCCAAGCAUUGGAAAUUUAAUCAAUAUUGUUAUUGUGAAAUUGGUCGUGAUACAUAAUGAACAGGAUGGUCCUGCAAUAUCUUACAAUGCUCAGACAACAUUAAAAAACUUUUGCCAAUGGCAGCAAUCCCAGAACCACCCUGAAGGAAGUCACCUUCAACACGAUACAGCCGUGCUUGUUACCAGACAGGAUAUUUGUAGAGCACACGACAAAUGUGAUACUUUGGGUCUGGCAGAGCUGGGCACUGUCUGUGACCCAUACAGGAGCUGUUCAAUUAGUGAAGAUAAUGGACUGAGCACUGCUUUCACAAUAGCACAUGAACUUGGCCAUGUGUUUAACAUGCCACACGAUGACAAUCAUAAAUGCAAAGAAGAUGGAGGUAAAAAUCAACAGCAUGUCAUGGCACCAACGCUGAACUUCUACACCAAUCCCUGGAUGUGGUCCAAGUGCAGUAGGAAAUACAUCACUGAAUUUCUGGACACUGGUUAUGGGGAGUGUUUGCUUGAUGAACCUUCAUCAAGAACUUACACACUGCCUCAGCAGCUCCCGGGGCUGAUUUAUGAUGUCAACAAACAAUGUGAGUUAAUUUUUGGACCCGGAUCUCAGGUGUGCCCCUAUAUGCAGAUGCAGUGUCGGCGACUUUGGUGCAUUAACAUUGAUGGUGCGCACAAGGGAUGUCGUACACAACACACACCUUGGGCUGAUGGAACAGAAUGUGAGCCUGGAAAGCACUGCCGGUUUGGGAUGUGUGUGCCCAAAGAGCGAGAGGCACCGGUGAUGGAUGGAGCGUGGGGGACAUGGAGCCCUUUUGGGACCUGCUCCAGAACCUGCGGUGGUGGCAUAAAGACGGCGAUACGGGAGUGCAACAGGCCUGAGCCUAAAAAUGGCGGGAAAUAUUGCGUGGGUCGUCGCAUGAAGUUUAAAUCCUGCAACACUGAACCGUGCUCAAAGCUGACGAAAGAUUUCCGAGAUGAGCAGUGUGCCGACUUUGACGGGAAGCACUUCAACAUCAAUGGGCUGCCCACGAACGUGCGCUGGGUUCCCAAAUACAGCGGCAUCCUGAUGAAGGAUCGGUGCAAGUUGUUCUGCCGAGUGGCUGGAAACACGGCGUAUUACCAGCUGCGGGAUCGCGUCAUUGAUGGGACACCCUGCGGCCCCGACACGAAUGACAUUUGCGUGCAGGGCCUUUGCCGGCAAGCUGGAUGUGAUCAUGUGCUGAAUUCAAAAGCAAGAAGAGAUAAAUGUGGUGUUUGUGGUGGGGAUAAUUCUUCAUGCAAAACUGUUGCAGGCACAUUUAACACGGUGCAUUAUGGCUAUAACGUUGUGGUCCGCAUCCCAGCUGGUGCAACAAAUAUUGAUGUGCGUCAGCACAGUUACUCAGGGAAACCAGAGGAUGACAACUACCUGGCCUUAUCUAACAGUCAAGGAGACUUUAUAUUAAAUGGAGACUUUGUCGUCAGUAUGUUUAAAAGGGAAAUCAAAGUUGGGAAUGCUGUGAUCGAAUACAGCGGAUCGGAUAAUACUAUUGAAAGGAUUAAUUCUACAGAUCGGAUUGAGCAAGAAAUAACACUUCAGGUUUUAUCAGUGGGUAAUUUGUACAAUCCUGACGUUCGUUACACAUUUAAUAUCCCCAUCGAGGACAAACCUCAGCAGUUUUACUGGAAUGCAUAUGGCCCGUGGCAGCCCUGCAGUAAGCUCUGCCAAGGAGAACGAAAAAGGAAACCCGUAUGUACGAGAGAGUCCGAUCAGCUCACGGUGUCAGACCAGCGAUGUGAUCGAAUUCCCCAGCCUGACCCCAUCACUGAGCCCUGUGGCACAGAGUGUGAAUUAAGGUGGCACAUCGUGAGGAAGAGCGAGUGCACAGCCCAGUGCGGGAUGGGGUACCGCACGCUGGAGAUCUACUGCUCCAAGUACAGCAGGCUGGAGGGAAAGAUAGAGAAGGUCGACGACCGCUUCUGCAGCAGCCAGCCCAAGCCAAGCACGAGGGAGAAGUGCACUGGAGACUGUAACGUGGGAGGGUGGCGGUACUCAGCCUGGACGGAGUGCUCCAAGAGCUGUGGCGGAGGCACACGGCGGCGGCGAGCCAUGUGCGUCAACACCUACAACGAUGUCCUGGACGACAGCAAGUGCAGUCAGCAAGAGAAGCUGACGGUGCAGCGAUGCAGUGACUUCUUGUGCCCUCAAUGGAAAACUGGCGACUGGUCUGAGUGCCUGGUCACUUGUGGAAAAGGGCACAAACACCGCCAGACCUGGUGCCAGUUUGGAGAAGAUCGAUUAAAUGACAGGUUUUGUGAUCCUGAAACAAAGCCAGAGUCGGUGCAGACGUGCCAGCAGCAGGAGUGUGCUUCGUGGCAAGUGGGGCCGUGGGGACAGUGCACGAUGACCUGUGGCCAAGGCUACCAGAUGAGAGCAGUGAAGUGUGUUGUGGGCACCUACCUGUCAGUGGUGGAUGAUAACGAGUGUAAUGCUGCAACCAGGCCAACGGAUACUCAGGACUGCGAAAUAGCAGCGUGUCCUCCCCAUCCAAAUAGUCCCGAAGCCAAGAGAUCUAUAGCAGGCGUUCACAGAACACAAUGGAGAUUUGGAUCCUGGACACCGUGCUCUGCAACAUGUGGGAAGGGUACCCGGAUGAGAUACGUCAGCUGCCGGGAUGACCAGGGCUCGGUGGCUGAAGAGUCGGCUUGUUUCCACCUCCCGAAGCCGUCAGCCACGGAAAUGUGCACCGUGACACCGUGUGGGCAGUGGAAGGCCUUGGAGUGGAGCUCUUGCUCGGUGACUUGUGGUCAAGGUAAGGCAACGCGACAAGUGAUCUGCAUCAAUUACAAUGACCAGCUGGUGGAUAGGAGUGAGUGCGAUCCAGAUGACCUCCCUGCCACCGAGCAAGACUGCUCCAUGUCUCCUUGUCAUCCAAACAGCCACGACUACGGCAGGCCCAUUCACCCUUUCCUCUAUCCGGAUCAUCGCCUGAAACUGCACCCCGGAGGCAGCCCAAACCGAAACCGUGCGCAUAUACCGGGAGGCAAUCAGUGGAGGAUUGGACCCUGGGGUGCUUGCUCUAGCACAUGUGCAGGGGGGUUCCAGCGGCGGGUCGUGGUGUGCCAGGAUGAAAACGGAUACACCGCAAAUAACUGUGAUGAGAAAAGCAAACCCGUGGAGCAGAGAUCAUGUGAAUCUGGCCCCUGUCCUCAGUGGGCUUAUGGCAACUGGGGAGAGUGCACAAAGCCAUGCGGAGCAGGGACAAGAACACGGCUGGUGGUGUGCCAGCGGCCUAAUGGGGAAAGGUUUACGGAUCUGAGCUGUGAAAUCCUUGACAAGCCACCGGACAGAGAGCAGUGCAAUGUGCAGGACUGUCCUAGAGAUGCUGCUUGGAGCGCUGGUCCUUGGAGCUCGUGUUCUGUCUCGUGUGGAAGGGGCCAAAAGCACCGCAAUGUGUACUGUUUGACAAAGGAAGGGAGACAUAUAGACGAAGAUUAUUGCAAGCACCUUGCUAAGCCCAAUAUGCAAAAGAAAUGCAGAGGGGGCAGAUGUCCAAAGUGGAAAGCAGGAGACUGGGGACAGUGCUCGGUGUCCUGUGGCCGAGGUAUCCAGCGCCGUGCCGUGAACUGCCACAGCGGCACCUUGAAAGCAGCUGAGGAAGCAGAAUGUGACCCAUCCAGCCGUCCGCCUCCGCAGCGGGACUGCCACCUCCCCGAGUGCCCCACGCAUCGCUGGGCAGCCAGCGAAUGGCAACCGUGCAUGAAGACGUGCGGGGAGGCAUCCCGGUACCGCAAGGUGGUUUGCGUGGAUGAGAACAAGCGGGUGCAGAACAGUGGCUACUGCGACGCCAGCAAACGCCCCCCUGAAAUGGAGAGCUGCGGUCUGCCGCCCUGCGAGUACAUCUGGAUCACCGGCGAGUGGUCAGAGUGCUCCGUCACGUGCGGGAAGGGAUACAGGCAACGCCUGGUGUCGUGUAGCGAGAUUUACACCGGGAAGGACCACUACGAGUAUGGGUACCAGAACACGGUCAACUGUCCUGGCACGCAGCCACCCAACAUCCAACCCUGCUACCUUGGGGAGUGCCCCGUCUCAGCAUCCUGGCGUGUCGGCAACUGGGGAAGCUGCUCUGUCACCUGUGGAGUUGGAGUCAUGCACCGGUCAGUGCAGUGUUUGACAAAUGAUGACCAGGUCAGCAGCUUGUGCCAUGUGGAUCUGAAACCUGAAGAGAGGAGGACAUGUCACAACGUCCAUGAUUGUGAAUUACCAAGGAGUUGCAAAGACGUUAAAAAUCUCAAAGGUGUCACUGAAGAUGGCGAAUAUUUCCUUCAAGUCAAAGGAAAGAUGUUAAAGGUGUACUGUUCUGGGAUGCAGACUGACAGCCCAAAGGAGUAUGUGACUCUUGUAAAUGGGGAUGCAGAGAAUUUUUCAGAAGUAUAUGGAUACAGAUUGCAUAACCCGACCGAAUGUCCGUAUAAUGGAAGCAGACGAGAAGACUGCCAGUGUAGGAAAGAUUACACAGCAGCUGGGUUUUCCACCUUCAGCAAAGUAAGGCUGGACCUGAACACUAUGCAAAUAAUAACGACUGAUUUACAAUUUGCACGGACACAUGAUGGACGACCUGUUCCUUAUGCCACUGCCGGGGACUGCUACAGUGCAGCCAAAUGCCCACAGGGUCGCUUCAGCAUAGACCUUUAUGGGACAGGCCUGUCCUUAAUGGGAACGGCAAAGUGGCUCUCGCAAGGGAAUUAUGCGGUGUCGGAAAUUCAAAAAUCCCCAGAUGGUACCAAAGUAGUAGGAAAAUGUGGCGGUUACUGUGGGAAGUGUACUCCAUCAUCUGGAACAGGCCUCGACAUUCAGGUGUUAUAGCCAUGGUUCUCUGAGAGCAGCCAGCGGAGAUGAGACGGAUGAAGGAUAGUGAUGCAAUACCUCUGCCUUCCACUUUUUUAUCUGUUUAUGUGUGUAUAUAGAUCGCAUAUUCUUAAUGUACAGUAUAAUAUUUAUGUUUGGAAUUAUUUAUUUUGAUUUAAUAUUUUUGUACGUAAAAUCAUUAUAUUAAGGCUGCUUUUACUAUUUUUAUUUUUUAUUGUUAAAUCCUGCAGUCAAGCCACUGCAUUUUGCGUACUCUACAUUAUAUGUAGCAUUAUGACAAGUGAUACUUUAUUGUCACUGUAUUCAGUUGUUUACUUCCAAUCAGUAAUUUUCCUUCAGUUACGGGCUGCUUUGGCCCUCCACGGUGCUGCACAAUCUGCAUAGGGGUAUUUUUGGCAUUUCAAUCUGUCUUUAUGUAAGGAAAAUAGACAAGAUGUGCUUAAAUUUUAUUUUAGGGAUUAGGCCGACAGCACUCAAGGAAAACAUGACAAUGAAUACAGUGCUAGUUGCAUUAGCAAUCUUUAUCUUUUAGGUAUGUUUUGAAUUUCACAUGACCUCUGUGGCCAGUGCUGAAAGCACUGGUUUGGUGCUAACGUGAUAUUUAUUAACGCUCUGUAGUGUUAGUUAAUCCAGUGCCUUUAUCAGUGAAAAAGGGAAGAAAGCAGAAAAACUGGUCAGGUGUUCAAAUGAAUUAAGAUCUACACCAGGUUUAGGAAAAUUCCUGCAGAUGGAUCAUCAGCUUGAGCCCCUUUUUCAUCGGGCUCUGAAGUAAACUCACUUUUUAGAAAAACAUAGAUUUGUCUCCUAAUUGCAUGUGCCACUGUGCUUCCUGGCUCCAUCUGGAAGCGGGGUAUUAACUCAUCCCAGACAGCCUGAUCAGGCCAUAUGUUUCCCUGGGCUGUGCGCUGAGAAGCAAUGCAGUUUAUUAGGGACACUGUCACAAAACCCUAACAUGAAGCCGUAGGCACCCCUGUUGUGUUAUCCCCCUGCGGGGCCAGCGUGGAUGGCAGGGUCUGCUCUAGGGGCCCGGGGCCAGCACCAGCGUGCCCCAACGAGCCACCCCAUCCUCGUGGCCAGGGGACUCCACCGCAGGCACCUGCAGCGUUUCCUCGGCUUCCUACUCACACAUAGACCAUCUGCAAAGGGAGGCUUCAGCACCGGCUCUGCCUCCUUUCAACAAGAUCACUUUGUACUUAGAGAUAACUCUGCUCCCCCCUCCAAAAACAGGCUGCUAACGCCUACUGCUGUGUUGCUUCGGAUCUUCCUGGGAAGGCAUCUGCGCUCCUUGCCUAUCUGCCAUCCCAUGAACAAGCAGACCUUUAGCAUUGGCUUUCUUUCAUUUUACAUUGAGGAGACAGCUCCCAUCGGUGCCGGACGCGGCUGUGCCAUGGCUCCCACCUCUACAUAGCCCACUACAUUUUUUGCAGAGCUUUGUAGCCCAUUGAACGGGGGUGACGUGACCGGAUUCAUUUUGUAGUCUAUGACUAUGUCCCUUAUCUCUUCCGCCACAAAUUCACUUAGCGAUAGGAAGAUGCUGCCCCACCGCCUUAUAUGUCAGGGCAGUCAGGAGCACAAAGUACAAGGAAAGAAAGCUUUACAGCACAAAAUUACCAGCAGUUUGGCAAACUGAAAAGGCUUCUCUGCUACUUUGGAUAAGUCUUGCAAUUUUGGAUGCAAACAGUUAACAAACCCAGGCUCGGGAUCUUGCGUGAGUCUUUUGCAGAGCUCCCCAAAGGCUGAGUGAUCAGCUUGUUACAAAACAGUCAGAUCAAUAGUGAUAAAUGAUCCAGUCCCUGGAUUCAUAACCCAUGUGUGUGCUGGGUUGUGUUCGACCUGCCAGCCCGACAGUUGGGCAUUGACGUGUUGGUGUUAGCAGGGAGACAUCUCGCCAGCGAGCAGGGCUCUGUUACAGUCCAACAGCUAAAGAAGUGGUGCUCUACGCUUAUUCUGCGUGUGCCUCUGUGCUGCUCAGGUUAAAACCCAUAAUUUUGGGAGUUUAGGCUUAAUAGUGCAUAAUUACAUAUGGUUGUAUCUUAGGCUGAUUUUUUUCACCUGCAUUGUAUGUCUAUGCAUAACAAUAAUAAAUUCUACCUUUCUGAGAAAAAUGCCAAAAAUACCAUUUCAAGAGUGAAAGGAAAGAAAAGAGGAAAAAGGGGAAGGGAAAAAGGGAAAGAGAAAGAGGAAAAAGGGAAAGGGGGAAAGGAGUAGUAAUGGAAUAGUGAUUUUUUUUAAUGAUAAUUGCUUAUGUAUAACUUCCGUAGGGGAAAAGGGAAAAUUGCACUAUAAACUUUAGAAAGAAACAGUGGUGCUUAGAAAGUACAGGCUUAUUGUAUUUUCUCUAACAAAGUGAAUGGCUAUUUAUAAAAAUAAAUAUUAUUUUGACCUGUACACGUUCAUUUCUAUCAGGUAGUUUCAUAGCAGCUAUUAAUAGAGCAAGAGAAACCUAAAACAAACAAAAAAAAUUAAAUAAACUAUAAGGGAAAAGAAUGAUAGAGCAUUGAUCCCAUGGUUCAUUAAUGGGCUUCAUUAAAUAGGAACAGACUUUGAGAACCGGGGAAAUUAAAACUUUCUUGUUCAGGAAACAACUCGGGGGUUUGUAUGUCAAUGCCAUUAUAUUUCUACAAACUGGGGUUUUGUUGCAAGCACUUUCCUGUACAGUGUUUCUUUUCUUUCUGCUUAUACUCAAAUGGAAAAGACGCGUAAUACAUGUCCGUAUGGUCUUUCUGCAUUUGCCAUCACAUUUCAAUACCUGUGUGCUAUUAUAGAAGCAAAAUACUUUGUACACAAGGGAAUAA